UGUACAUAGGUAUUUUAUGUACAAGAUAACUACAAGUCAAGUGGCCGCAGCUGACACAGUAUCCUCCACAUUAUUCAAUGCUGUCUUACUUGUAAUUGAUUGCCAAAAUUUCCAAUCUUACAAGAAUUGAAGAGAUGGCCGGUGCCAGUUUGCCAGGGUCAGCCCAGCUUACAUUUCGCGGACCGGGGGAAGCAUUUCUUGAGGAUGAUCUAAUUGCGAGGGAGCCUAUCACCUUGUUCGGAAAUUGGUUCGAUACAGCAGCGAAAACUGAAGGGAUUCAAGAACCGACUGCUAUGUCUCUAGCUACGGCGACAAGAGAUGGGUGUCCAUCUUGCCGCAUGGUGUUGAUGAAGUCUUGGGGAACGGAGGGUUUUAAAUUUUGCACAAAUUAUGAGAGUCGAAAAGGUGGCGAAAUGGAGGAAAAUCCGAACGUUGCACUGAACUUUUAUUGGGCUCCGUUGCAUCGAUGUAUCCGAAUUGAAGGGCGUAUCGAGAAGCUGGGUAGUACUGAAAGUACCCAACUUUUUCACGCAAGACCUUUGGGGAGUCAGAUAAGUGCAGCGAUAAGUCCACAAAGUCAGGCAAUUCCGGGCCGCAACUUUUUACUCGAGAAAGAAGCCCAGUUGAGAGACAAGAUUGGAGACAAAGCUUGUGUCGCUAGGCCAGAAAAUUGGGGCGGUUAUCUCGUAAUUCCGGAAAGAAUGGAAUUCUGGCAGGGACAAACAAACCGGAUGCAUGACAGGAUUCAGUUUCGAAAGCGGAGGCUCGAUGACCGCGUGGAUGGCGUGGUUUUACAUGCGGGCGAGAAUGGCUGGGUCUUUGAACGUCUGGCACCAUAGUGGGAAGGUUAGAUCAAAAUCAGUACAUGAAUUCAUAUCUGUGGAAUGCGAGUGACAAAUUAAUAAAUGAAUUGAGAAUAAUACGCA